CGUCGCUGCUGCUCGUAUCCUGGACCCGGAGCUUUCUCUGUCCGCGCGUCUUCUACUGUGUGUGUGUGUGUGUGUGUGUGUGUGUGUGUGUGUGUGUGUGUGCGCGUGUGUGUGUGUGCGCGUGUUUGUGUGUGUGUGUGUGUGUGUGUGUGUGUGUGUGUGUGUGUGUGUGUGUGUGUGUGUGUGUGUUUGUAACAUAUGGAUUGACGGAGCGAGGCUAUUGUUGUCAGCCCGGUGGUUCGUUCUGCUGGAGCUGCACUUUCACCGGAGAAUGCCCAGCGGAGCCGGAGCUGUGUUACUCCACGGAUAGCGCAGAAAUACACCCAAAAACACGGAGUCCUGCAGGAAGCUGCUGGACGUGAAGUCGGCAGGCUGAUCGUUGCAGGACAAACGACGCUGCCCACUCGUGAAGCAACGACCAAAUGCUGUUUAAAAAACGUCUGUGAUAUUGACAUGAAGAAAGACAUUGAGACUCUAAUCGCAGAAGAACGUGCUGAUAUCAUCUUGAAAUAUGCUACGGGCAGGCAGGCGGGGGUGGAGAUCGACCCCUGGGAAGAUGCUGACUACAGCAUCUACAAAGUCAUCGACCGCUUGGGCUUCAUGCAUGAGGACGAGCUGCCGGCCCCGACUGCACACGAGGAAAAGAGGAAGCAGCUGGACAUCGACAGGGCGGAGAAGUGGCUGAAGAUGGUGAAGAAGUGGGACAAAUACAAGAACAGUGACAGGAUGAUGAAACGGGUGUACAAGGGCAUCCCCCUGCAGCUCAGAGGUCGGGCCUGGGGGCUGAUGCUGGACGUGGAGCGGGCGAAGAAGGAAAACGAGGGCAAAUAUGAGAACAUGAAGGAGCAGGCCAGACUGUACUCGGCUGAGAUCAAACAGAUCGACCUGGACAUCAACCGGACGUUUAGAAACCACAUCAUGUUCAUGGAUCGCUUCGGAGUCAAGCAGCAGGCUCUCUUCCACGUGCUCUCUGCAUAUUCAGUCUACAACACAGAGGUGAGCUACUGCCAGGGGAUGAGUCAGAUCGCCGCCCUGCUGCUGAUGUACAUGAACGAGGAAGACGCCUUCUGGGCGCUGUCCCAGCUGCUGACCAAUCAGAAGCACGGCAUGCACGGCUUUUUUGUCCCCGGCUUCCCCAAACUUCAGCGUUUCCAGACACAUCAUGAUCAGAUUAUUUCCAAACUCCUCCCGAAGUUGAAGAAACAUCUGGACAGAGAGCAGAUGUCUGCAGGGAUCUACUGCACCAAGUGGUUCCUGCAGUGUUUCAUUGACCGGACGCCGUUCACGCUGACCCUUCGCCUCUGGGACAUCUUCAUCCUGGAGGGAGAGAGGCUGCUCACCGCCAUGUCCUACGCCAUCCUGAAGAUACACAAGAAGCGAAUGUUGAAGAUGUCUCUGGAGGAUCUCAGAGAGUUCCUGCAGGAGCGGAUCGCUCAGACUUUCAUCUACAGCGACGACGUGAUCAUCGAGCAACUGCUGGCGUCCAUGACUGAGCUGCGAAAGAUGAAGCUGGACCUUCCUCCUCCAGGGAAGCCAGAGGAGCUGCCUCGCCUGCCUCUGGGUCAGGAGCUGCCUCGCCUGCCUCUGGGUCAGGAGCUGCCUCGCCUGCCUCUGGGUCAGGAGCUGCCGCUGCCGUUGAGCCCUUCUGGAGGGAAGUCGUCCUCAGCCAGCGGGUUCCCCCUGAGCCUCCACAUCAUCUCCCAGCAGCCUGACUCCAUAUCCCCAGACCAGAGCCCCUCCAAGGACCCCAGGGAUCUGGACGCCGCGGACAAGGAGGCCCAGCUUCCUUCCCCGGACCCCGUCAUGAUCCACAGCCAGGCCCCGCUCACCCCCGACGGCUCCCCGCUGACGGGGCCUCCGCCUUACCAGCCCCCGCACCCGCAGAUCGCAGGCGCUCGCUCGCCAUCCUCCACAGACGUGUCCUCUGUGGCCGCUCGCUCGGCCGAGAUCACGUCCUGCAAGAUCCCGCGGACUCUCUCGGCCCCCGUAGUCCAGGUGGGCUCCUCGGCUUCGGGCCAGACUCAGUCUGAGAGUCUGUCUGCAGCAGAGCGGGCGGAGGACAGGUACCUGGUGCAGCUGCUGGAGCAGGCCUCGGCUCUGCACACCGGCACGAGCCUGAACCGGGACUCCAGCGAAGCUUCGGAGGAAACGCAGGCGCCGGACAUUUCAUGAAACGAGCUCCGAUGUAUCGACACAUUGGAUCGUGCGUCAGCGUACAUUAAAUGUUGUGUAACGUUUAGGUAGUUCGGUGGAUGAGGUUCAUAUUCGAUCAGAUCUUCUGUGUCAAGCUUAAAGUACGUUAUCAGCUUCAGGAUCAAUGUUCAUUUUGGGAAUCUAACUUUCUAAAAGCUUUGAAGAAGCAGCUUUCCUCUUUUAGGUAUUUAAACAUAUGUCCAGUCAUCAGAUAAUUAGAGAAGUGAAGUUGUUCCUGGAACACAGAGAGCUGCACGAACUUAAAGAGUUUCUGUACCUGUUGUCUGUAUUUGUUUGUAUGUGUAGAGACAAAGGUUUGCAAAGGAAGAUCCAGAUAUCAUCACUUAAAUCUGAUAACGUUCUUUAAGCCGUGUGCGAUGUGUGCUGGAAGUAAACAAUCACAAGCCGCUGGCCUGGCUUAGAAUAUGAAUCUAUAUGCAAAUUAAAAGAGCAGCAAAUUAGACUCGGCUGCGUGACAUUUUCCAAGUGUGCCCAAUCCAAUAAUAAUAAUAAUAAUAACAAUAAUACAAUAAUAAUAAUAGUGCUGUAUCUCACCAAAAUUGUGGCAGCAAUGAUGUUGGAACCCUGGAGGCCUCCAGCAUCCAGCUGCAACUACCUUCAAUAAGCCCAUAAACGUCAGAAAACCUUCACAGCUUCCCAGCGUGACGUCUUCAAGUGUCGAGUGCUGUCCACCGAAAGUCCAAAUACACAAAACAUUUUAGUUUAAAACGAUAUCUGACAAAGAAAAGCAGGAAAUCCUCUCGUGUGUUGAGAAAUGAGUGAAACGAUGAAUCGAUUGUCGUGUUCUGUUUGACUGAUGAUUUGUAAUCCAGCAGAAGUUCAGUCACAGAAACGACUUCUUUGUAUCUUUGAAUGAGCGUAUUAUUCACAGACCAUCUCUCCACACACAGCGACACACUGCGUGUGACCCGAUGUUCCACUCUGAGACGUCGAUACUUAUAGACCCAGUCUGUGUCUUGUGGCUCUGCAGGAGAUACACCUCGUGUCCGCUCGUGUCCGCUCGUGUCCGGCCGAUGUGAAUGGUCUCAGAUUGAGUUUGAACACUUUAAAUCUGUAACAGAAAGUCUGAGAUACAAACUGUGUGAAGUUUAAAAAACGUUGUCCAGGCAACGAGGGUCUAAUGACAGAGGCUGUUGAGUUGCAUUGUGGGAAAUGUAGGAUCCUUGGAGCUUGACCCGUACUAGAGACUUGGAUUCUGUUUUUAAUCAAACGUUAUGGCGGUGGAAUAUGUUCUAGUUUCUCUAAAUAUUGUUUUAAAGGCAAAACCCCAGCGUGAAUAAGUAUCACAGAGAAGUCCCGGCCUACAGAUCGUAUUCUACAGACGUAAGACAUCUUUGUUUGGUAAAGAUGCACAUGACUUUUUAAAUAUAUUAAAUGAGAAUAAUGAUGCAAAAAUCAUUUUAUUGCAAUAUCAGUAAAUAAUCAUCACAAUUUGAUGUUUUCCAAUUGCACAAAUAUUGUGCAGAACACACGUACCUCACUGUGUGUCCUAAUAUUUCACUAUUGAAUCCUUUCAAACACUCCUCUCCCUCUUCGUGGACAUCGCAUGCUGUGCUCCGUCCCUCCCACGGGAGACACCCCCACAAUGUUUCCUGUCACAGUGAUGGAGUUCCAUCGCAGAAGAGAUGGAAGCGAGCGGACGUCUCCGGGGCAUCGCCCGUUACAAUAAAAUAAACUCUUUUGUAGCGUUUCGUCAGAGAACAACAUGUUGCUCAGCCUUUGUCAAAUGUUUGCAAGAGUUCCAGUUGUAUUUUUUGUACUAAUGUCUUGAUGCCUUAUUUGGAUGAGCUUCAGUUCUCCUGUGGACGUUGUUGAUGUUUGAAACCUGCACAACGACACAAACACGAGGACAGAUACACGUUCAGGUCGCGGUGAGCUGGCUCACUGUUUAUGAUUGUACACAUGCAAACAUAUUGAGCUCAUUUUAAAUAAGUGUUUCUUUUCUUAGCUCAGUAAUUUAUUGUUUUAUCUUCCUGGAAACUUUCACCGCUUUUCAAGAACUGGAAUAUUUGCUGCAUUUCCACUGAGCUCCUUUAAACGGUUGGAAAUAGCCUUUUAGUUGUUAGUCCUGCGGAGGAGGGGGUGGGUUGAGACGUGUCAGAAUUGAAUAGCAUUGUGUUUGGACAGUAUUGUAGAACCAGUAGGUCAGAAGAGUUACAGGCAGUGUUCUCAUCUGAGGCUCUGUGCGUAGAAACAGUGAAAGGUUGACAUCUUGUGGUUGCUUUAGGUGAAGCAUGACUAUCUAGAUCUCUGAAGGAAUGUUGUAGAAAGAUGUAGAAUUAAUCCAAAUAACAACAAAGUGGAUUAUAAAUACUCAAAGUUGUGCAGUUUAAUGCCAUUAUUUUGAAUGAUGUGAAUAUGUUCUGGCUUUUAAUGGCUGUAUUUCAAUGCUAAAGCUCAACAUUGUGUAUUUAAGACGCCUCAGUUGAAACAUUUUGCAGUUAGUUUUCUCUUUAGAUGAAGUUAGUGGAUAAUGGAGGUGAAAUAAAGUGUUUUAUUCUUGGCUACAGAUUUCUUGUACAUUGAAACUUUCAGCAACUUUAGAAACGCUGGAGCUGAAACAAUACAACUUUUAUCUUCCUGGUU